AUGGCAGCUGAAAGCUGGGGAAGCAAAGCCGAGAUGUUCCUGAUUGAGGGGCUUGUGCCAAAGCUGGACUCUGAGGAGGUGAAAGGGAAGAUGCUCGAGGAUGUGAUCUCCUCCAUGUGGAACUUCCUCAGCUAUGUGGCCCUGCUGCAAGUCACAUCUUUUAGCCUAAAGAAAUUGGAAAGCAUGUGAAGAUGGGCAUCACAUGUGAAUGCAUGAUAUGAGGAGCCCAGUUACAAUUUCUACUCCUAUCUGCAAAUGAAUAGGCCCAGAAAGAUGUAAGGGACUCUUUGAUUGAAUGGAUAUAAAAAUUCUACUUGUUAAGAACAAGUUUGGCUCUGGUAACUGACCUUCAUAGCUAUAAUUUAAAACUACUUGAGAAGUAAAGAUAUUUUGUAGUGAUAGUACACCCAUA